UGUUCCUCCAGCAGACAGCUGUUCCUGAUUCCAGUAUCUGCAGUCUCUUGUGUCUCCACUGAUGCUUUCUGACCUGCUGAAUACCCCCAACAUUUUCUAUUGUUUUCACAAAAUUUCAGUGGACUUUCUUCGUUUUUCAGAAGUGUUGCAACUUUUUUUUCUUCUUCUGUAAGAUUUCCUUUCUCGCCUGCUCUGAUACCUUCUUCAGUGGCUUGGUGCCUGAUUAUGUUCGAUAGAAACACUUCCGGUGGUUUAUAUGUAAGGCGCUGUAUCCCCGUGUGCGUCAGGUCGAUACCUACAACCGCGAUGCCACCGAACCUGGGCGUUUGGCUGGGCAGCGCCGGACGGAGCCUGCACCCACUCGCCCAGAGUUGUUCUCGUUUGUCAUAUAAGGUGGACGCCUGGUACCUAAAGACCGCGCCAAGCCCACAUGCAAACGGGUUGUCAGCGGCCAUAGGUUACAGAGAUCUCUAUGGUAACCGCACCGUUGGUGUUACACUGCUCUGAAAUUGAGAAAACUUCCCAGCAUUGCUGUCGGAAAGUUUAGAAGUAAAAGCUCCUUAUACCCUUCACUGAAUUUUAAGCAUCAUUUAAUACUAGUCGCUUGGACGCUUCAUUCCCUUUUAUGCCUCAAUCGUUGGAAUGAAGAUUGCUUUGAUUAGUUCUUGAGCUGUUCUGCCUCGGUUCGUGAGUCUCGGGCUGACAGCAUCCUGCAUGGCACGACGCCAGAGCUGCCUGUGCCGCUUUGCAGGUGGCUUUAACUCCUCAUGGAACUCAACAGUCAGCCCCCUGACCCUUCGGCGAGGUCUAAGCCCGAAGUUCGACACCCCUGCACCCCGACUUCGGACAACGAGGAAGGCGAGAAUGGAAGGCCGUCUCAUGUCUGGUGCAGCGACAAGUCACUCGAUCUUUGCAAGAACAACUUAACCUGUCUGAGUUGUGACAUUCCAAGAUGUAUCGAGCAUCUAUAUCUGGAGGGCAACUUACUUCAAGAAUUACCAGAGGAACUGUUUGAUCACCUGCCACAUCUCGUGUGGUUGGACUUAAGGAAGAACAGACUCCAGAAAAUACCCACUAGAAUUGGAAAUCACAGAUGUCUUAGAACACUAUUGUUGGAGACAAAUCCACUUAGAGAGUUACCCGUGGAACUAGGAAAUGUAUCAACUCUUAAAGCGCUUAAUCUGAGGAACUGUCCACUUCACUUUCCACCUUCAGAUGUAGUGAAUUUAGGCACACAAAUUAUACUUUCCUUUCUUCGAGAGCAGGCCACUAAAUCUCUUCCUGAGACACUAAAUCACAAAGCAGAUCCCAAUCACUCCAUCACAAACUCAAAUCGACAUCGUAAAGUAAUAAAGAUACAUAAUUCACUGGAGGGUCAUUCCAAUACCCAGAGUGGAUGUAAACUUCCAAGUGCCGCAGAUUCAUUAAUAUCGAUCCAAGGUCAAACACUUCAUCACAAAUUCAUUCACAAUCCUGUAAACAACAGAAAAAAUAUUGUACAAAGUGGUGACUACAGGCAAAACUUUGAUGUUAAAGCAAACACCAAUGGAAACUUACAUCAGAAGAGAAUAAUUAAAGAGAAAAAGCUUCCUGCUUUCAAUGAAUUGUUGGAAAAGCGAAACUACACAGAAAAAAUCCAAAGGAAGAAGAAGCAAUUAACAAAACAGGAUAUACAACAUGAAAUAAAGGAAGAUGUCAAGCUGACACCAUUAGAGACUGUUCAGAAGAAUGAAGAGGCGAUAAACACCUUUGCAGAAGAGAACACUGAAGGAAAAGCUGAAGAAGGAAAAGCAAAACAGCUAAUCAUUCCCAAAGGCAAGAACUUUGAACACAAAUUACAGCACCGGCUCCAAUGUCAUCAGAAGCAAAGAAGAAAGAAUUAUGCAAGCAUGGCAGUCUUGCAAGAGGACGAAAAUUCUGAAGAUCAGAAUAUGAGGAAAUCAUUGGUGGAGUUGAAACUGGAACGCGUGAAUCCUCUGGAGUAUCGGUUCUGUGCUUUCAUUGGAGACUAUUCCCCAACAUUAUCUCGUCAAGUUGCUUCUUCACAGGACUUCUCAUAGUCCUGAAAAUCAAAGUCUUGAUGCAGUACCAGUUACUAGAGAUAAAUGUUAAAUAUUUAAUGAUUUAUGCAUUCUUCAUUUUUAUAAUUAUACAGAGAUUGGUCAGAAACACAAUAAGAAAACAGAAUGUUGAGUUGUUCUGCAGUUUGGAAUUAUCCAGAAAUCUCUUUUCUAUAGAUCUAGAUGGGUGCUGAACUAUGUCUUGUCAAAAUAAUGCUAAGGGUAAUCUCUGAGAGAGGAGUGUUACCUUUCUUAAUUCCCUAAGGUUUCACAUUAAACUUUGUCCAUUUGGCAAUAAUGGCACCAACUGGUUUAACACAUUCACUAGUGCUGCCUUUACACUAUGUAUUUUAAAUAAUUACCAUAAAUAAUUUGGCUGAAAUACAUUAUUUUAUUAUCUUCAUGUUGGUUAAGACUUUGUUUAUAUAAUAUAUGAUAAUCUCAGUCAAUUAAUUAUUGGGGAAGGGGUUCUUUUAUGUAACUUCAGCAUCUGAGCAAGAUGAUUACAUUACAUACCAAGAUUCCAGGCCAUCCCCACCCUUAGAGGGGGACAACUAAAUAUGUCAAUAAGCAGUCAGUGAACUGGGCCACAAACAGCAUGAAUUAUAGUACAUAUAAGAGAGUGUGAAACCACUAAUUUAUUUUGAACCUUGGACUGUAUAAAUACAGUCCCCAGUCCUGCAACCAAAAGGACUGGAAAAAGCCACGUGCAGUAAUUUAUCUGGAUCUUACACUAAAUCUGACCUCCAGAAUUUUAUCCUGUCCCCAAAUCCUCUUGGUCUAGUUGGUGUAGCAUAGAACUAUAGAGAUGUAGAUGUUGUGAAAGAAAUUAGUUUUUUAAUGUAUAGCUGUUUAUUCAGUGUUUCUUGAAGUCAGUGAUUAUCAGCCGUCCAGGUACAAUAAAUACUGGUUCCCCAUUUGCUUGAAACCUUUUCAUUCAUUAACUCACUGCACCUCAUGCUGACCCAGAUUCACUACUCUUACCAGUUUCCCAGAUGAAAGAAUGCAGGUAUAAAAGGACAAAACAAACUAGCCUUCCCUUUUGUACGGCAUUUCAAUGGGUUAUUGAUGACUCCCUCUAGCUUUGCUGCUCCGUUUAGGCCUAUGGCCCUGCUUCCUUUUAGGAAUUUUUAUUUUGUAUUAUGGAAUGAAGUUGGAUAGUCGUCUUUGGCUCCUCCGCUUCUUUAAUGGAUAGUGAAUGGGUCGGCUUGUGUAACCUAUCAGUCGAUUUUUCUGCACUUAAGCUCCCUCGCAACAAAUAAGUAUUUUAAUACAGUAUAGUAUUAUUUCACAACUUUUAAUAAUUAGUAUGCUUAAAAUAACAUUGAAUUUUAAGCAGUGUAGCUGCAACUCAUUCCUGUUUCUUUGGAAACUGCCAAAUUAAUCAAGUAUGAUUGUUGCAAUUUGCAUGAAGAGGUUCUUCAGAUAGUCUGACAUGCGUUCAGAGCUUUUAUGCAGAAACAUGAAUGUGAAUAGAUGGUAUUCACUUGAAAUAAUAAGAUUAUAACAAUUAUUUAAAAUAUAAAUUACAGAAUAAUUGUACAAAAUGGAUUUGACCAGACAAGGAGAGCUAGUACAGUCACUGCUUCAAAGUUUCAUUGGCCCAGGUUCAAUCCUGACCUCUGAUGCUACUUGUGUGGAAUUUGCAUGUUCUCCCAAAUACUGGGUGGGCUUCCUCUAGUUCACUUUCCUCCCAUCUUCCAACAAUGUCUGGUUUAGUUGGUUAAUUGGCCACUGUAAAUUGCCCAUAGUGCAUUGGUGAAAGGUAAAAUCUGUGGGAAUUGAUGGGAAAGUAGAGGGAAUAACCACAGCGAAAGUUAAUGAGGAUUAGUUGAAUUGUUCUAUUAACCAACAAUUACUUGAAGGGCACAAUGUUUCAAAGAAAUAUAGAAAGGCUUCAUAAUAUGGGAAAACCAAAUCUACAGAUGCAGGUAAGCUAAUAUACAAAAAGAAAGUAUAGUAAUUAUUUAUUAAUGUAUUGUAAUGACUGCCUCAGCAGCUGUGCUCUAUGCCUGCUAAUAUGAUGAACCAUUGAGGCUUUGGGCCUACUCCGGGGUUCAGAUCUCAGGACUUAAUUUAGUUCAGAAUGUUAUUGUUCGCUUCAAUUGUUUGCAUGAUUUGUGUUACUUUUCUUUCAAGUGUUGGUCUUUUGUUUAUUUAUAUUUCCUUAAUUGGGUUUUUUUUUUGGGUAUCUUGCCAUGUGGCUACCUGUAAGCAAACAACUCUCAAGGUUGUAUAAUUUGUACGUUCUUUGACGAUCAAUGUACUUUGAAUCUUUGAAUUGCUGAGGUGAGGAAGCAUCUGUGGAAAGGAAAACACGGUAAACUGAUUCAGUCCCCUGCCCUCCUCACUACAACACACUGCCUUGCCAAGAAUCCAGCCAUGUAUCAGUAAUUCUCAGCAUGUAGAGGUUGGCACUGGGCAGGCUAGGGCAAGCGACUUGACCAUUAAGAGCUGAGAACUGAACUACAGAGAUGCAGCCUGGCCAGCACGAUGAGUCUUUACUUGGCUGCACAUCUCUCCCCAGCUCAGGCUUUCUCAGGUGAAUUAAGAUGGAGAUAAAGCCAUUACAUACAGGUGAGAAGUUGUAGGAUCUGUGCGGUCUGUCACAACUACUGCCCGGCAGGCUGCAACCUAGGCCCGACAUUUCUUUCCUUUUCCCAGGCCAGUACGACACCUUACACUGUGCCAUGUUUGGUUAAGGAACACAAGAGCCAGCGCCAGGCCCCUCAAGCCUGCUCCACGGUUCUAUAUGAUCACAGCAGACACUACAGUAGAAUCAGUACUUCCUGCCACACACUCUGCAUCUCUAUUGGCAAAUAAACUUCCAGUAGGAAUGCAUCUCUAUUUAUAACAUAGAACUUCACAUGAAAAUAAUGACUCACGUUGCCGAAACUCACAACAUAGACAGUUUUCUAGGAACACAACCCCUGAGUAAUGCAGGAUACACUGUAUAUCUUGUGACCUGAUCUCCAACAAUUCAGGAACAGGGUAUUCCAGAGACUUUCUACACUUUGAAAGAAGAAAUUUCUAUGCGCCUCAGUUAUCAGUCACUAGCCCCUAAUUUCACAACCAUUCCCCUUGUUGAUUCAUUACUGAAUUUGCACCAAGUUCCCAGCACAAAGGUGGCUUGCAGAGCAGUGCUAAACAAGA